UACAGCCGCCAUGGUCAAUACAUUGAACAGCUAACAGUAACCUAAUAAUAGCAAGCUUUUGAGUAUGGAAACAGUCAAAACUACUUUUGGGGAAAAAGGAAACCUACAGGCAAUUCUACUUCCAGUUCCUAUUGUUCCUUCUUCCGAAUUUCGAUUGCACAAAAUUCUCCAGAAAUCCCUAGCUCUAAAUUCAUUUCUAUGCAUACAGGAAACGAUUCAGUUUGACGAUUGAAAUCAGGACGAACGGAGAUCACCGAAUCACCAGAAUCGCAACGAACAGAAAUCUUGGAAAUGAUCAAGCCGUGCUCAAUUGGAAAAUGAAUUAACUAACAGAGUGGAAAUAGGAAGAGAAGAAGCACCUGAGCAGACGCGGCGGCGGCGGCGGAAGCCUCCUGAGAAUGACGAUUCUCGACGGAGGCGAUGCGGUUGGCAGCGGCGUUGAUAGUAUCCAAGGCGCUGUUGUUGAUGGAAGCGAGAGCUCUGGAACCUACGACAGAUCCUCUUCCUCCUCCAUUGCUAUCACUAGUUCGUCUCAUCUCGUUGUCGGUUUCGUUCCUCCGUACUCUUCGUCUGUUGCCGUUUGGCGCGAGGCGGAUUAUUCUCUCAGAGCCGGCUCCGGCGAUCGGAGGGAAGCGGCGACGGUGGGGAACUAAGCGAGAGAGUUAACGCUACUGUUUACAUGGGAGUUGGAGAGAAGUUCGCGUGUAGAGGAAGGCGGAGGAAGAAGAGAAGAAGAAGAAGAAACUGAAAACUUCCUGCGGGGCAGGAUUGGAAAUGAGCUCCUGGGAAAUUCGGAGGUCAAACACGGCAAUGACUUUAUAUAUAUACACGAGUGAGAGAGAGAAAGCCAAAGGAGUUAAGUUUACAUUUCCAUCACUUAAUUUUUAUUGUGUUACAGAGACGACCUCCAAUUCCUUGCUGUCAUUUUUAGAAUUAUAUGAAAAUUGGCGAUUUACGGUUAAGUUAUUAUACUUAUAUUGUAUAAUAUGGUUGGUGAAUCGUGAAAUAAAACUAAUAUAAGGCUGAUAUUAUCAGCAAGCAUAACUUAUCUAUAAUCCACAUCAUCAUAAUUGAAAUUUAUCUUAAGCUCAUCUCCACAAGUCAUUCAAAAUCAAAGUAUUCGGUUCGGUUUGAUUUUGAUAACAAAGUUAUUUUUUCGUUGACUAACCUUGAUAAUAAUAAUAACAAUAAUAUUAUCAAUGUUAUUUUCUAUCGAAAUGUCUUAUGUUGCCAGAUCUUACUUACAGUAAAUGUGGGAAAGGAAAUUGCAUGAGUGGAUUUCUUCGUCAUCUUACACAUGUGAAAGGAUGAAAUUAGAAAUUUGGCAUUGAGUCAGCUGUACGAAAGUAGCUAAAAACGACAGAUUAAAGAAAGGAAUGAGAAUUAUACCGAGUGGAUGGGGAUGAGGAGGGAGGGAUUCGUCCAAAGAUUUGGGUAUGUACAUUGCACGUGUGCACUUCCUCUGAUCUUAAGAAUAAUCUACUUUGGUAGCCUCAGCCUGACUUGGAAUUUUCUACGGGCUUAGUGCGUGCGUGGGCCAGUAACAAACCCAGAAUCAAAAUAUACAUGUUAGAUUACAUCAUUGAUUAAUUACUUAAUUCCUAUAUUACUCCCCAAACCUUUCUUUAUUGAUAGGGGUGGUAAACGGUAAUCCGGUAAACGGUUUACCGUUUUACCGGCGGUAUCGGCAACCGAGCGGGAAGUUGGGGGAGUCGGUUUACCGGAUAUGGUAUCGGCAAAUACCGACGGUAAAUCGGUAUUACCGAUACCGAAUCCCCCCUCUCUACUCUCUAGUACUGCGCUGCGUUUUGUUGCUUUACCCCCAAAAAUAUAAAAUAUUACAUACAUGAAUGUAAGUAUAGGCCUCAAAAAUAUUGUAAAUAAGAGUUAAUAAUAAAUUAUUAAUUACAAAAAUGAUGAAAACAACUCAAAAAAAUCAAAAUAUUACAACAUCACCCCACUUCCAGAAAUUCGGUUCGGUAAACCGACCGAAAAACCGCCCGAAAUCGCUUCUCACGGUAUUUCGGUAAUACCGGUUUGUAACCGUUUACCGAUAAUUUGGUAAUCGGUAAACCGGUUACAAACCGAUAUCGGUAAUCGGUAACCAGUUUGGCCAACUUCGGUAUACCGAAACCGGUAAAUUCGGUAAAUGGUAAAUUGUUUACCUACCGAAUCCCACCCCUAUUUAUUGAUAAUGGGUGUGGAGUAUCACUACCUCGUAUCAUUAAUAAUACGUCGAGGAUAUAGAGAUCCCAUAAUGUCAUAUAUAAUUCAUUUACGGAUUUCAGGGUCAUGCUCACAAAUAAAAUGAGCGCCAAAAGGACAAUAUAUAAACACAUAUGAGCCAAACAAUCGGCUAAGAAAUUUUCCUCUCUAAAACCAUGAGAGAGUCUAACUUCCCACUCCUCCGAAAGAAGUCUUCGAAACUGGAUCGCUUCCAUCGCUUAUGAAAUGGAUAGUGUCAUUAUCAAAUCCAUCUGCAUGGCUUCCCUCUAAUAUCAAAUAUGUCAGGAAAGCAAGAAAUCCUCAAUGUCGAAUUCGUUUUUUUACUGAUAAAAAGUUUGUUCUAGUCUCUAUGCGUCAAGGUGUGAUUCGUAUGAAAAUAUAAUUUGUAUUCAUUU